AUGCAAUGUGGAAAUGCAGAAGACAGAGCGCAAUGGAAUGCAAGCCUUGAGAAAGAUCUUGUGGACUUGCUUCGUGAGCAUGAUACACCUGAACAUAAGGGUCAAAAUGGAUGGAGCUCUGAAGCAUGGAAUACGAUAGUGAAGAAAUUCCACCAAAAGAAUCCUUAUGCUAGGUACGAGAAGAAGAAAAUCCAAGAAAAGGAGAAAGAGUUAAAAAGAGAAUACAAGAUGAUCAAAGAGAUAAGGAAGCAAAGCGGCGUUUCAUGGGACGACCAGCAGUGCAAGAUUCUAGCGGAUCCACCACUUUGGAAAAACAUCAUCAUAUCACACCCUAAAGCUGGAAAGUUCAAGACAAAGGCCUUCCCUCUUUUUGAAGCUUUGGGAGAAUUGCAUGAUGGCCAAACUGCAGAAGGGACAUAUAACUUCACCUCUUUCGAGUCAUCACAUUGCUCAACCCAAUCACAACUCGAGAAUCUUGGAGGAGCUGGCGAGAAUCAAGGAGAAACAUCAGCUGAUGGUGAGAAUCUUGGAGGAGAAAGGGUGCAGAUUGAUGAAGAUGUUGAGGAGGUGUAUGUGCAAGAAAACAUUGCUGUGGAGCCCCAGCAAACUCAACCAAAUUUGGCUACUGUACCCUCAAGAAAUGGAGAAGAGAAAGAACCAAAGAGAAGGAGGGGGGCGAAUGGUGAUGUGGCUGCAAUGAUGGAGAAGUACCUGGAAAUAAGGGCGAAGCAGGUGGAGGAUGAGAGGAAUAAGCCAAGGGUUGUGGAUGAGUACUCUAUCAAAAACUGCAUUGAUCUGCUCAAAACAAUGGACAUCACACCUGAAGAAGAAGUCAAGGCCUUCCGAGUCUUCAAGAUCCCUGAGAACCGAGAGAUUUUCAUGAGUGCCAGACCGGAGACUGCACUUAUGUGGCUGAGAGCUGAAAUGGAAUAA